AUGCACCCCAGUCCCCAGCUGCCCCAAGUUACAGUCGACAAGAACAACGCGACGUGCGCCAACGGCGUGACGACGGCGAACGGAGCCGCAGUCAAUGGCGCGACAGACGCGAUCGAUCAAGCGAACGGCCCGAACCACGAAACCAUCACUCAGGCUACCGCUCGUAAUCUCGCGACCGAUACGGUGGUCGUUCGUACGAACGGCACGAUGAAAAACGCAGUUCCCGUUAUGGAUCGCCCGACGGCAAACCCAAGCAGAAAGUGGGAUUUGCGAUGA